AUGGAAGGUACAGUUAUCGGACCGGGUCCAUACAGGGCGACAAAGCUGUGGAAUGAAACCAUCAAACUUUUUCGCGGAGGCAUGCCACUGAGAAGGCACUGGGCACAUUUUCGCUACUUUGACUGCAGCUUCACGGGAUCUGAGGCUGUGGAUUAUCUGCAUGAGUUGCUGAGACAAAACUACAACUUUGGACCUGAGGUGACUCGCUAUCAGACUCUGCAGCUGCUCCGAAAGUUCCUCAAGGCUCAUGUCAUUGAAGACAUCAAAGGACGCCAUGGGACAGAGGACUUCGAAGACAAUGGCCAUCUGUACAGGUUCCCCACACUGUCUCCCCUAAAGUCUUUUCCAACAAGGCCUCUGUUGAGAGACAGCAGCGACCUGCCCAGACUUAUCCGCUGGGAUGACUAUGAGGAACUGCCUCAGCAGGAAAACAUUGCACCUCUGAAGUCUGCUGUCAUGACUUCAGACUUGUGGAAUAAAAGGCACAGCGUAGCUAUUGGAGAUGUGCAUGAAUGCAAGCUCAUACGCAGGAAGGAGAUAACUUCAAAACAAGUGGACCAUAUCUGGAAAUCGAUGACAGCUGCACAUUUACAGAGAGUGCUGGGCUUGCAGACAUUGGAUGGAGUCUUAAAUCCGACGCAUGUGAAUGGAAAACACAUUGUUCACAAUGUGUUCAGUGUCAAUAAAACAGGCAUAGUCGUGUUGGAGAACAAAGCCGAAGACAUGCCCUAUUGGGUAGUAUCAGCAAUGAAAUGCCUCGCCAACUGGCCUAAUGGGAAUGAGACCAAACAGCCAGUGUACCCAGGGUUCGAGCGGGAUGUUCUGAAAACAGUAGCCGACUACUUCCACAGACUCAAAGAACCUCUUCUGACUUUCCAUCUCUAUGAAGUCUUUGUCAACAUUCUCAGUCUGCUGCACGAGCAAGAGGUUGCCACUGAGGCUCUUCAAGUCAGCUGUCUGCUACUGCCACCACCCAACCGAAGACGCCUCCAGCUUUUACUGCGUCUCAUGGCCCGUGUUUGCCAGAAUCCUCACCUUCCGCCUCUCAAUGACACCAUCGCUACACGCACGCUGAUGGUGCAGAUGUUCUCUCCCUGCGUCCUGGGCUCAGCCGACGACAUGGACUUGGACGAGUUACUUGCCACCAAAUUGGUGACUUUCAUGAUGGAGCACCACAACACCAUCUUCCAAGUGCCUGCCAAGCUGCGCCGCCAGGUUGACGAGCACCUGUCCCACCUCAAAAGAGCUCAGAUCAAAUAUGCCGGUUCAGAUACAGAUUUCAGCGCAUCUCCAGCUUUUUGCAAACACAUCAGCAGGGUGGAGUGCGAGGAGCAGAAGGUGAUAGGUACUCAGGUCCCCUUGCAGCAGCUGCUGGAAGGCCUGAUUGCAGACGAAGAACUGCCUGCCAAGGACAAGAGGAAAAGACUUAAACAGUUCCAGAAGUCCUACCCAGAAGUCUACCACAAUAGAUUUCCCACUGAGGAAAGCAAAGCUGCUGUAAUACCUGAAAAAGCCCCACGACUCAAACCUCAUCUCAUGUUCUUCAGUCUGAAGAAACCCUUCCAGCCUUUUCAGAGAAGUUGGAGUUUUAGGGCGUAGUCUGCCACCAAUAACACAUCUACACUUCAGACUGUAAUCACAGCUCAGCCUCAGUCAGGAGACUGUGUGGCUGGAAUAGGGCUCUGGACACAACUUUGGUACGCUUCAUGAACCACUGUAAUUUGUAUUUAAAAAAAUAACAAUCAGUCCUUUGUAGCAGUUUAACCAAGGUGAUCACUUAAAGGUUCAGUUCACUCAAAUUUCCCACAUAGUAGUUGUAUCUAACCCUGUGGGUAGCUUUGGUUUAAGCUGCAGAAGUUUAACAUAAAUGAUAAACACAAUGAAUGUGGAUGCAUGAACUGACCUUUUAAAAAAAUGUCACUGUAUUGUGUUGCUAGAAAACUUGAAGUGAUACACUAACACUAAAAAAAGCCACUGAUGUUUCUUAAAAUGUAUUUGUAUUGGUACAUUUUUUCUGUGUCUUAGACGGGUCUAAAUAAUGAGAAUUUAAAGUAGCCAAUUUGACUGAAAUACAUUUAAAAAGUAUUAACAGGUUAUUAGAUGUUAACAUAAAAUAUGUUACAUUAAAUGUUACUGAUUCAAAUACAUAAUGCUCUUUAAAGAUUGAAUAUUGAUGUUACACUUUAUUAGAAAUACGUAGAUGCAUCUAAUGGUGUUAACUGGUCUUUGAUGAGAUUGUGUCAUUUCAGGAGCUCUCCAUGUGAUCAUGACUCUUGUAAUGCAAAGAUGCAUUUCAUUUUAUAUUUAGGCAGCCUAAUCUAUUUGUCAUCUUUUUUUUAAAUCAGGCAAACGGUUAUUUAAUGUCAAUAAACAUAUCAUGGAUUUACCUAGAAAGGGGGUAUAUGUGGCAUUUUCAUAGCUUUAGUAGAGUUUUAGCUGAUAAUCACAUUUGUAACUACGUAUAAAUCAAACAAAUAAGGAAAAAAUAUACAAGACCUGGGUGAAAACAUUAGACAGACUUUUCUGUAUGAGCUGUACAUUUAUUUCUUCUAUACAUAAAGUGUCACAUCCCUUUCUAUCUAAACCCUCCUAAUACCUUACUUGAUGUGUCCUGCACUCUCUAAACAACUCAUUUCAUGUUUUUGCAAGUUGGUUUUAUUGUGUAUAUAAGGACUAUUUUUCUGGAUGGUACAUAUUUCAGUGUCUCAAACAUUCUUCUCUCAUUGUUUUCAUUGUGUCUUGUCAUUUUCUAUUACUUGCUGCUCUGUCAUGCCAAUCAGGUUGUUUUUCACUUAAUUUGAGACGUAAAAAUGUUUUAUUUUUAUAAUGAUAAGUGCUGACGUUUUGAUAUGAAUUCUCACAAAUGCUCUUAGAAAAAAUGCUGGAAUAACUGUUACACUUGAAUUGCUUCUCUGUGCUGGAAAAGAAAUUAAAUGAAUUUGAGUCAAUAAAUAUUGAUAUGGAUUUUCAUAUAUAAAAAUUGUAUUUGGCUUAUGUAA